GGCAAACUUGGCCUAAAAUAAUAUUAUUAUGUAUAGAUAGAUAGACAUGAUAUUUGUUGAGGGAGUGACAUGUGCAAAAUGUUCUCAUGCAAAUGGAAGAAAUAUUGAUCCAUUGACAAUGCCGCCAAGUUUGACCAAAAAUGCGUAGCCAAUAUUAUAUCUUACAAACAAAUUGAACAAAGACUCAUUCUUCAUUGGAAAAUCUCAGAUCUCAAAAAAAAAAUGGAAUUUGUACAUAAUCAGAGAGUAGAGGUGAUAAGCAUGGCAAUAGCUCUUGUUGCCAUUGUUGGUGGUACCGCUUACUAUUACUAUCUCACCACCAAGAAGCAUAAAGAUUGCUUGGAUCCAGAGAACUUCAAGGAAUUUAAACUUGUUAAACGCACUCAACUCAGUCAUAAUGUUGCCACAUUCAGAUUUGAUCUUCCUAGUUCUAGCUCAGUGUUAGGACUUCCUAUUGGUCAACAUAUCAGUUGCAAAGGGAAAGACAGUCUUGGUGAAGAAGUAAUUAAACCAUAUACUCCAACAACAUUGGAUACUGAUGUUGGAUACUUUGAAUUGGUCGUUAAGAUGUAUCCACAAGGAAGAAUGUCUCAUCACUUUAGGGAGAUGCAAGAAGGUGAUUACUUAGCUGUGAAAGGACCAAAGGGACGUUUUAAGUACCUUCCUAACCAAGUAAAAGCUUUUGGAAUGAUUGCUGGUGGCACUGGCAUCACCCCAAUGUUUCAGGUUGCAAGAGCUAUACUAGAAAAUCCACAGGACAAAACCAGCAUAAGUUUGAUAUAUGCCAAUGUCACAUAUGAUGACAUUCUUCUGAAGGAAGAGCUGGAUGACUUGGCAAUUAAGUUCUCAAAUCAAUUUAAAGUUUAUUAUGUUCUAAAUCAGCCACCAGAAAUAUGGAAUGGUGGAGUUGGAUUCGUAUCCAAGGAAAUGAUCCAAACACAUUGCCCUGCGCCGGCACAGGAUAUCAAGGUAUUAAGAUGUGGACCACUUCCCAUGAACAAGGCAAUGGCUGCUUACCUUGAAGCUCUUGGAUACAGUCCACAAAUGCAGUUUCAGUUUUAGUUCUUAGAUAAAUUUGACAUAUAUCCAAUGUCAAUAUUCAGAUUUUUUUGACUGAAUAAAUGCCAAUUCUAUAAUCCACUACAGAAAUUUUACACUUGACGUUGGUGUCAAAAAAUCUUGUUGGCCUGUGCUGUAUGUAACAUUGGAGGGUAUUGCUCCAUUUUGUGCUUAUUAAUAAUGAGAUGAGACUUAUUUUUUAGAGCUUGCUCUACAUAUUGUAGA